AUGCAGAACCAAACCUACUUCACAAACAAGCCUCCCCUCACUCUCACAGCAGCACACAGUUGUAGUAAAGAGCAAGAAAAGAAGAAAAUUAAGGACAACACACUACACUCAGAUCAGAAACGCUCGUAUUUGGAAGAAUCAUACUCUUCCUUUGAAGCCAAUGCCCCAGCCCGUCAAACCCAAAAUACCCAGAUCGAAGAAUAUAAAGAGGAAUCAGAGGGAGAGGCUAGUGACAGUGAGGUCAUUUUGACGAACAUGUGGUGGGCAGACUUGAAGGCUGCCUUGGGGCAGAGGAUUAACUUGGAGGGAAUUGUUUGUUCCGUGGGAGUUUUUGCAAGGCACAGGCAUUUGGCGAUGCCGCAUGUCGUUGUACCCGAUAUAAGGUACAUUGAUUGGGUUGAGUUGAAGAGGAAGGGGUUUCAAGGUGUCGUUUUUGACAAGGACAACACGAUUACUGUUCCUUACUCUUUGACAUUGUGGGGGCCUCUUGAGUCUUCUAUGGAACGGUGUAAAUCUGUGUUUGGUAACGAUGUUGCUGUGUUUAGUAAUUCCGCAGGUAAUUCUUAUCAGAUCCAUUUGCCUUCUUUGCUAGUUAUUUUGUUGGUUUUUAUUUAUUUUGUAAUGAUCUUCCUUUUGCGAAUUAGGACUCCAUGA